AUGACUCUCCACGGCGCCUUAGCAAAUCCUAACCUCACGGCCUCUCUUCAAGGUGGCACCCCGAUUGCAUUGAGGAGGAAUUCCCGUCGCAAGCCAGCCCGAGUCGACUACAAGCAGGCUCGUCACGACAUGUCCCAGGAAAUGACCGGACACUGGGUGGGCCCCAUGCCCAACAACGAAUUUUUCGCUCGAUACAUGCCCAUCGACGGCGAAGUACCGAAAGAUCUCGUCACAGAGAACUUCUUCCGAUCGAUCCCCCGGGACAAGAAGGAAUCAACGAUGUAUCAGCCAUUGAUCGAACUCAUCCGGAAGGCUGGUCUUAUGGACGACAAGUACAUACUGCUCAACACGUCCGACGGUCCAGACAAGAAUUCUCAACAGCACAAGAAGUGGAAACCAGACAUUAUUGCACGGAAGGCGAAGGAUGAGAAGGAAGCGCAAGACAAGACCAACGAUCAAAAGAAACACAACGUAGCGUUCGAGGAAGUUCAGCUGGCCUUCGAGAUCAAGCCCGACAAUGAUUCACCGUUCGUCGACCCGCCUAAAGACGGCAUGACCGAAGCCCAGUUGCGCGAGCACACUUUCGAGAAGGAUGGGAUUGAGCCGGAUUCACACCGUGGUCAAAUGGCGUUAGUUUUGGCAGAGAUUUGUGCUCGCCAAUACAGGACGCACGCAUUCAUGGUGUUCAUGAACAAAACCGAAGCCCGCUUCCUUCGAGCCGACCGAAGUGGCACCAUCGUCACGAGGGCCUUCAAUUAUCGGUCGAGCUCCCAAGUCCUUGCUGAAUUCCUCUAUCGCUUCGCUCGCCUGUCUGAUGAGGAUCUUGGAAUCGAUACCACCGUCCGCCUGGCGACUAAGGAGGAAAAGGCGCUAGCGGUUCCCCACCUGAGCAAGUACCUUCCCGUGCUGGAUAAGGCCCGACCGUUCCUUGCGCUAAACGUGCCCACCGAGGAUGGAUCCUCCCGUACGGUCAUCGGAAGAGAUACCCUCAUGGAACCCGAUUCUCUCACUGGACGAGCGACAAGAGCGUUUCAUGUUUUCGACUUGAAGACCAAGAAGGUCAUGUUUCUCAAGGACACAUGGCGAACCAACCUGGAAGGGAUGGAGAAGGAGUCGGACAUUCUCAAGGAAUUGUGUGCAGCGGGCGUGCCACGCAUUCCCAAGUUUGCGGACGGGGGUGAUAUAAUCGGCCCUUACCAUGAAACGCAUUCUCAAACGCAUGCAAAGGCAGCUUGGCGAGCGGGUCACUUGGCCUCACUGGAACCGCGAGCGCACAACCGAUUCUUACAAGACUUUCUCGGUAUUCACCUUUCAAAGUUCACCACCCCGAAGCAGUUGAUGACUGUCAUUUCUGAUGCGUUCGAGGCGCAUACGCAAGCCCUUGUAGUACGCGGCAUUCUUCAUCGGGACAUCAGCGAAGACAACGUCAUGAUUGACGAGAAUGGGCGAGGAAUCCUGAAUGAUUGGGACCUUGCUAAACGGAUCAGAAUUCCCGGCAGUGAUGUCCUUCCAAAGGACGACCUUGCGCGACAUUCUUAUCGAACGGGAACGUGGAACUUUAUCUCAGGUCUGCUGCUGAUCGAUCCCCUCAAGUUACACACUCUGCAAGACGAUCUCGAGUCCUUCUUUCAUCUCGUCCUUUACUAUGCCCUUCGGUGCCUUCCGCACAACUUGGAGCUGGAUAAGCUGAAGGAUUUGAUCGACAAGUUAUUCCUGGAGUGGAAAUGGGAGAAUUCGAUCCGCCAGUACGUCGGCGGUCAGGGCAAACGUGGCUUGAUCAUGGAUGGAUUCCUCAAUGUCCAAUUCACGGAUAAUAAGCCCCUCGCCACGUGGCUCCAUGAUGCAUUGGACUGCCUGUCCGAGUUCUACCAGUAUUGUCAAAUCACGUCUCGUCGGAUCGCCCAUGAACAGCGGGACAAGCCACUUCCGUCAGACGGUUCCCCGCACCCAUCCCCUUCUAGACUCGUGCCUCCACCCCCUGCAACGAUCCGCCUUCAUAGUCACGACCAUUUUGCCUCCCUCUUCAAGAUAACACUUGCGACGCCUGGCUGGCCAUCCAAACGCACGAAUCUCGGUGAUCAACUAGACGCCAUAGCUCGAGGAUCCAAGAGGAAGCCGCCAGCGGAUGAGGAGGACUCAACUCCUCAUCCUGAGUCGCCUUUGCAGAAGAAAUCCAAGAUGUCGACUAAAUCUCUGCCACCCCCCCGGCCACCUACACGCUCAUCCCUGCGUAUCAGGGCACAGAAAGUGACAACACCCAAAGCAGGCACUUCAACGGGCUUCUAG